AUGUCCGCAGACGAAUUUAAAGCUCAAGGUAACCAGUACUUUGCCGCUAAGGAUUUCACCAAGGCCAUUGAGUACUUUACCAAGGCUAUCGAAGCCUCCCCAACCCCAAACCAUGUCUUAUACUCCAAUCGUUCCGGGUCUCACGCCUCCUUGAAGAACUUUGGUAAGGCAUUAGAAGAUGCUGAAGAGUGUGUUAAAAUCAACAGUUCGUGGGCCAAGGGUUACAACCGUGUGGGUGCUGCUCAGUACGGAUUAGGUAACUAUGAGGAUGCCAAGAAGGCUUACACUACCGCCUUGGAGUUAGACUCAAACAACGCAAUGGCUAAGGAAGGACUCAAGGCCGUUGACGGGGCCCAGAAUUCAAGAAGACAACAACCUGAUAUGGGAUUAGGUGCCAUCUUCAAUGACCCUAACUUGAUCACCAAAUUAAAGAGUAACCCAAAGACUGCUGAGAUGAUGAAAGAUCCAGCAUUGGUUCAAAAAGUUUUGGACAUUCAACAGAACCCGCAAGCCAACGCUACCCUGUUUUUGUCGGAUCAAAGAAUGAUGACUAUCAUGGCCACUUUGAUGGGAAUUGAUUUAGAUAUGCCCGAUCUUCCAAAGGAAAAGGAACCAGAGGCAGAAGUCAAAAAGCAAAAGGUUGAAGAACCAGUUGUAGCAGAAUCAGAGCCAGAAAAGGAGACUAAGCCAGAGCCAGUGCCUUCCAGUGAGCCAACCGCAGAUGAUGAUCCAGAAGAUUCUAAUGAACUCUCUAAGAUUGAUGCUGACGCAUAUAAGGCAGCUGGAAAUACUCUUUACAAGCAAAGAAAGUUUGAUGAAGCCAUUGCUCAGUACAAUAAAGCUUGGGAAGCUUUCAAAGAUAUUACCUACCUCAAUAAUCGUGCCGCUGCAGAAUAUGAGAAAGGUGACUACGAUGCAGCCAUAGAAACUUGUCAAAAGGCAAUUGAUGAAGGUAGAGAAGUCAGGGCUGACUACAAAGUCAUCGCCAAAUCAUUUGCCAGAAUUGGUAACUCUUACUUAAAAAAAAAUGACUUGAAUAAUGCAGUUAAGUACUUUGAUAAAUCAUUAACUGAACACAGAACCCCAGAUGUAUUGAAUAAAUUAAGAGCUACUCAAAAGGAGAUCAAGGUUCAAGAAGCAUUGAGCUACAUAGACCCAGAAAAAGCUGAAGAAGCUAGAUUGGAAGGUAAAGAUUACUUUACAAAGAGUGACUGGCCAAAUGCUGUGAAAGCUUAUAGUGAAAUGAUCAAAAGAGCACCUGAAGAUGCAAGAGGAUACUCUAACAGAGCUGCUGCAUUAGCCAAAUUAAUGUCGUUCCCAGAUGCUGUACAAGAUUGCAACAAGGCCAUCGAAAAGGAUCCUUCUUUCAUUAGAGCGUAUAUCAGAAAGGCAAAUGCCCAAUUGGCUAUGAGAGAAUAUUCCCAAGUUAUGGAAACUUUAAAUGCUGCCAGAGAAAAGGAUACUGAAUUAGGAGGUAAGAACGUCGGAGAAAUCGAUCAAUUAUAUAAUAAGGCUGCUUCGCAAAGAUUCUCUGGUAUUGAAGGUGAAACUCCUGAACAAACUAUGGAAAGAGUUUCAAGAGAUCCAGAAAUUGUAAGCAUUUUACAAGAUCCAGUAAUGCAAGGUAUUUUAGGUCAAGCUAGGGAAAAUCCUGCAGCUUUACAGGAUCAUAUGAGAAACCCUGAGGUUAGUAAAAAGAUUAAUAUGUUGAUCGCAGCUGGUGUUAUUCGUACAAGGUAA